UCGUGUACGUGAGCGUGGCGUCCAUCGUCCCGGACGUGGUCGGGAAGACGCCGCUGAUGAAGGGAUACUUUGAGGGGAAGAGUACGGCUGAGGCGUGCUUGAGGGAGAAUUACGACGAGAAAGAUUACUUUAUCGUGAAACCUUCGUUUAUUUACGGUGGAGAGGAGUUCUCGCUCGCGCCGCCGCGGGUGACGAAGACGUACGGGGACGCGCUGAGCAAGGUGCUCGGAUCGGGACCGAUCAAGGCGCUCGCCGCCAGGGCUCCGGGGCCGAUCGCGCUCACGCUCGCCGAGCCGGUGAGCGUGGAUGAUGUCGCGGGCGCGUGCGUCGCGGGCGCGAUGGCGAUCGGGGCGUCGAACGUGGUCGACGGCACCGAUGAAAUCAAGGCAGCCGCGGCUUCUAUUCGAUGA